GUGGAAUUUGCACGGCACCACCACCUCCUUCCUUUCUCGUCUCCCUCCUUCCCUACACGCCUCGCGCCUUCCUCCCAAUCCCAACCAAUCCCGCCCGCCUCCGUCUCCCCUUCCCUUCCCUUCCGACGCAGCUCGAUCCGACGCCGCGCCGGAGCCGCCCUGAGUGCUCGUAGGAGGCCGCAACCCGCACGACCCAGCCACCGACCCACCCCGUGCCGCGCCUUUUAUGUAAUGGACGCCGACGAGCCGCCAGAGCCCAGCACCGCGCCGCACAUCCGACCCCACCCGCCCGCCGUCUAGCCAGCUAGGGUUUUCGGCUCCUUCUCCCUUCACCUCCUCGUAGCCCGGCGAGCGGCAGGCCAGCCAUGGGCUGCACGCCCUCGCACGACGCCCUCGCGGCGGCCGCGGCCAGGGCGACGCGGCGCCGGCCCACGACGGCGGCGCCACCCACCACCUCCUCGGCGUCUCGGCGGGCCGCGCGGGCGCGGGACCCGGCGGCGGUCUGCAGGGAGCGGGCGGCGCUGAUCCGGGCCGCGGCGGACAGGCGGUAUGCGCUGGCGGCGGCGCACGCGGCCUACUUCCGCUCGCUCGCCGCCGUCGGGGGCGCGCUGCGGCGCUUCGCGGCGGCCGCGCUCCUUCCCGCCACACCCGACCCCGCCUCCUCGCCCGUGCUCACCCUCCCGCCGUCCCCCGCCAAGCCGCCGCCGCCGCACCCCGCCGUCGCCAGGACCGCCUCGUCGUCCCUCCCGCCGUCCCCGGCCUCCUCCUCCUCCACCGUCUCGCCCUUCUCCCACUCCCUCUCCGACCCCUCCGACGACGACGACGACGACGAGCACCUCCACGCGCUCGACCACUCCAGGCGCGCCCGCGUCCGCGGGGGCGGGCACGCGCCGCCCCCGACGGCGCAGCAGCAGAGCCACUUCAUGAGGAAGUCCGCCACCGUGCCCACGGUGGUCUACGAGGACCCCUACGCCGAGCACGCCGGAUACGCGUACCAGUACGGGCCCUACGGCGAGGCGGUCGCGGACGAGGCGAGGCCGCGCGGCCCGCCGCCCACGCCGCCGCCGCCGGAGGCCUCCUCGCUGUGGGACUUCCUCGACCCAUUCACGCCCCACGACCAGUUCCUGGAGGACUACUCCCGCGGCAUGCCCGGCGAGGCCGCCGACGGGAAUGGGAAUUUGCCUGCCAACAGCCCCAAUUAUGCAAAUUACGCCGAGCUGAGGAGGAUGGAGGGGAUCCCGGAGCUUGAGGACGAGUCUGAGCUGGAGCCGGCAGCCUCGGCCGUCGUUGAAGAUCGGAGUGUGAAGGGGAAGAGACCAGCUCCUGCUCCUGCCACCAAUGCCACCCGUCCCAAGGGUGCGUCAUCUGAGAUGAAGCUACAGAGCAAGGGAUCAUCGGGUACCAAUGCCGAGGUGGAGAAGCCGGUGUCAAGGAACGAUUCAGUGCCAAGCAAUGCCGGCUCUGGAUCGAAGAGCAAGAAAGGGGGCAGGAGCGAUGCGGUGAGCUUGAAGGGCGCGGACCUUGGUGACAUUGUUGGCGGCAACUCCUCCGAGAAGAAGAAGAAAAAUGGUGUGGCAUUUGGUGAGAAUGGUCGUGACAUUGUUGGCGGCAGCUCCUCCGAGAAGAAGGGUGUGGCAUUUGAUGGGGAUGGUGCCUCCACCGGGAAGAAGAAGGGUGCUGCGGUUGAUGAGGACGGGUCGAUUGUCGAUGCAGAGGGGGCUGGGGGGAGCCACAACAAGUCAGUGCGGUCGGCUGUGACAGUGAGCAGCGAGUCCUUCUCGCCGUUGCACAAUGGGGAGAGAGAUGUCGUGGAGGCGAUGGAGGAGGUCAAAGAGCGGUUCCAGGAUGCACUGCAUUGCGGCGAUGAGGUCUCCAGGAUGCUCGAGGUGGGGAAGGUGCCUCACCGGACGGCGCCUAAAGUUCUUAGAUAUUUCUCUUCCAGAGUGGUGGAGCCUAUAACGCUUAGUGUGCCGUCGUCCUCUUACUGCGUUCCAAAGCGACAGAGGAACUCAAGGUUACCGAGCGCCUCAGCUUCAUCGGCCAAUGGCAGAGGAAAUUGUGACGGAAGUCUUUCUUCAACUCUAGAGAAGCUCUGUGUAUGGGAAAAGAAGCUGUAUCAGGAGGUCAAGGAUGAAGAGAAGCUGAGGAUUCUGUAUGAAAAGAAGUACAACAGGUUGAAGUCACUGGACGAGCGAGGGGCAGAGCCGGACGCGAUAGAGGCAGCCAGAUCGUCGGUGCGGGACCUGAGGUCGAAGAUCACCGUCAACAUCAAAACAGCCAAGGCUUUCUCGUCGAAGAUCGAGAAGAUUCGGGACGAAGAGCUGUACCCUCAGCUCGUGGAUCUGGUUCAAGGAUUGCGGAGGAUGUGGAAAGCUGUUCUGGAAUGCCACGAGAAGCAGCUGUCGGCAGUAAGGGACAGCAGGCUCCACCUGCUCAAGGCGAGGACCGUGAGCCAGUCCGCCGCCGCGGCAUUGGCAACGCUGGAGCUGGAGAGGGAGCUCACGAAAUGGUACCGCUGCUUCAACAAGUGGACUAGUUCACAGAGGUCUUAUGUGGAGGCGCUGAACGGAUGGCUGAGGAGAUGGUUCCCCGAGGCGCAGGACGACGAGCAAGACGACGCGCCCGACGGCGCCCCGCCUUUCUCCCCAGGCAAGCUUGGCGCGCGGCCGAUAUUCGUCGUGUCAAACGACUGGUUCCGGGCCAUCGACCUGGUGCCCAAGAGCGACGCGCUCAAGUCGAUCGACUACUUCUCGAAGCUCGUCCACGAGCUGAGGAAGAGGCAGGAGGACGAGCACCGGCAGAAGAGGAGGGUCGACCACGCCUCCAGAGACUACGACAGACGGCGCGAGGCCCUGCGGGGAGAGCUUGGCCCGAGCACUGGCGUCGGCACGGUCGCGCUCCGGGAUGACGAUCACACCGUUGAUCUGCACAAGAUGAGGAGGCGGCUGGACAACGAGAUGGCCAGGCACGACGAGGUGGUGAGGCAUGUCCACCUUGCGGCCUCGGCCACUCUGCCGGUUGGCUUCGUCCCUGCGCUGGAGCAGAUCGUCGGCUUCUUCCAUGGGAACCUGCGGGUCUAUGCGCGCAUCAGGAUCAACGGCUCCGGAGCUCGCGCACCGCGUACCGAGGUUCGCCGGCCACAUCUUGGCUGAUGACGCUGUUUUUGCAGGCAGUUUUUUGUGACAGGUGGUAGAGGAGGGGGAGUAGUGCUGGAGAGAGAUUUUGUGUAUAUAUGAUCAUUGGUUCAUUCUGGGGUUUAGGCCUUAGUUCCUAUGACGAUUGCGGUGGUAGAUUAGACAGAAUGUUAGUGUUUUGCAGAGGUUUUUACUGAUGGUGACUGACUCACCCAUUGCUCGGCGGAGGGGAGCUUCAGAAGUUUCAGUGGUGCUCCCAUUUGUUCUGUACAUCGUUACAUGAAACUUCAACUUACUAAUCCAUCUUCAUU